AUGUUUGUGGAUGUGGAGUACUGUCAUGUUCCGAGCAAAUGCGAGAAGUGUCAGUUAUUUGGCCAUGACUGCUCCAAUCCUGGAGGGAAGACGAAGAAGGUUUGGGUUGUUAAACAGCCCAAGGUGAAGCAGCUUGAGUUGAUUCAGGACAAGGGGAAAGAAGUGAUAGAGGAGUCCUCGAAGGAAAUGGUUCAGGAAGUGGUAGUUGUUGAGGAAGGAAAGUCUGCUACUCCUGGUUUGGUUCAAGAUGAAGAAGGGUUUCAGGUGGUUACUCAUAGGAAGAAUAGAGUGAGGGCUCCUGCCUCGGGUUCUGUCUCGCGAAGUCCUUGGAGUUUAUCAUCUGGUUCGAGUAAAAGUCCAUUGGAUGAUCAGGUAUUCCCUUCUCUAAGUAGACCUGUUUUGAAGCGUCCUGUUGAUCCUCCACCUAUUGCUCCUGCCAGGGGUAAGGGUCGAGGGAAGAAGCGGGGAAAAUGA